AUGGCACAUAGUAAAAUAUUUUUAAAAAAUCGCGCAUUAGGAUAUGUCAGUAAUCACAUUCCUCUCGUAACAAGAUAUAUUAAAAGGCGGAAAGAAAAUCUUAUAGUAACAUGUGUUGGUAAUUCAUUUCAUACGUACGGUUGUUCACAUUUUACGCUUCUCAGCGUAUCAGGCACGCAUCCAGGUGAAAUUACAAGUCUCGCAGGAGAUGUUUAUCACAUUUAUACAGCAUGUGGGAAAGAUAUAUAUGCUUGGCGAAGAGGGACAGAAGUGAAGCACAUUUAUAAAGGUCACAAUUGCACAGUGCAUACUUUGCUACCUUUCGGCCCAUGUUUAAUAUCUGUUGAUGAAAAUAGCAAUGUUAAAGUCUGGGAUAUUAAAACAGAAGAGCUAGUAACUGAACUUACUUUCAACAAUAAUCAUUUUAAAAUUACAACAUUAAUACAUCCUUAUACAUAUAUGAACAAAAUAUUAUUGGGAAGUGAACAAGGCCAAUUGCAAUUGUGGAAUUUGAAAAUAUUAAAAUCAAUUUACAUAUUUAAAGGCUGGAACACACCAGUAACUGCACUUGAACAAGCACCUGCAAUAGAUGUAGAUGAAACAAUUUUUGAAUUAGUGCAAGAUUGGGGUUGUGUAAUAUCCAUUAGCUUCAGAACAGAUGAACAUCCAAUUAUGGCUACAGGAAGUUUAGAGGGUCAUAUUGUAUUUUGGAAUUUAGAGCAACGUAAAGUAGAAAGCCAACUACAUAAAGCUCAUUUUGGGGCUGUGACAGGGUUAAAAUAUUUACCCAAUGAACCACUAUUAGUAUCUUCAUCCCCAGAUAAUUCCUUAAAGUUAUGGAUAUUUGACUUAGCUGAUGGAGCUGGAAGACUUCUAAGAAUUAGGGAAGCUCAUUCAGAGCCUCCUACUCUUAUCCGUUUUUAUGGAAAUAAAGGUGAUAACAUAUUAACAGCUGGAAGUGAUUCUUCCUUGAGGAAAUUUUCCACAAUUACAGAAAUAUUAAACAAAAGCCUUGGAAGAGCAUCAUUCAAUAGAAAAGCUGCAAAGAAAAGAGGAAGACUUGUUGAAGACCCUUUAUUAAUGCCACAAAUUAUUGAUUUUGCUACAGAAAUAACAAGAGAAAAAGAAUGGGAUAACAUUGCAGCAAUACAUUCUGGUUUGGGUACAGUCACUACAUGGUCUUUUGAUAAGUCAAGAAUGGGAGAACAUAAAUUACUCCCAGAAAAAUUUAAAAGUAAUCGAAAUAUUGUAGCAACCAAUGUAUGUAUAACAAAAUGUGGAAAUUUUGUUGUUAUUGGAUAUAAUAAUGGCCAUGUAGAAAGAUUUAAUAUACAAUCAGGACUUCACAGAGCUACUUAUGGUACUCAUAAAGGAGCACAUCAAGGUCCUGUAAGAGGUGUAAUGGUAGAAUCUUUAAAUCAAAUUGUAAUCACUGCUGGAAGAGAUGCAUUUAUAAAAUUUUGGAGUUUUAAACCCAAAAUAGAACCAUUAGCAAAGAUGACACUGGAUGAACCAGUUGAAUGGUUACGGUAUCAUAAUGAAAGUUCUCUUAUAGCUGUAGCAUUGGAAGAUUUUUCUAUUAUAUUAAUAGAUAUUGACACUAGAAGAAUCGUUCGACGUUUUGAAGGACAUAAAGCACAAUUAACAGACGCAUGUUUUAGUCCUGAUUCCAGGUGGUUAAUAACAGCAUCUAUGGAUUGUACAAUUCGAACAUGGGAUAUUCCUUCCUCUAAUUUGAUAGAUAUUUUUCAGAUUUCAGAAGCAUGCACAUCGUUACAUUUUUCUCCUACUGGAGAAUUUCUUGCUACAAUACAUGUGUGUAAUUUGGGUAUAUAUUUAUGGUCAAAUCGUACAUUAUAUUCCCACAUUUCUUUGAAAGCAGUGAACAAAGAUGAUCCAAUUCCAAUGAUUGGUCUUCCUGGUUCAAGAAUAGAAGAUAGUGAUAUUCAGGAAGAUGAACUUAUUGAAGCUGAGUUAAAUUAUAUUUCCCCGGUGCAACUUCAGGACAAUCUUAUUACAAUGUCUGGUUUAGCUCAUUCAAAAUGGCAAAAUCUAUUGAAUAUCGAUAUCGUAAGAAAAAGGAACAAACCGAAAGAACCACCCAAGGCAUCGGAAAAUGCUCCUUUCUUUUUACCAACGAUUCCAUCCUUAGAAUUGAAGUUUGACUUUACGAAUGUUAAUAAUACAGAGACCAAUAAGAAAAUAGUUACUCAUCCUGAAUUACAAAAUCUGACCUCGUUUGGUAAAUUGUUACUGUCCAUUGAAGAUGUUCAAUUUGAAGAAAUUAUAGAAAAAUUAAAGUCCAUGAGUCCUAGUUCAAUCGAUUUCGAGAUUCAAUCACUUUCAGCAGAUGAAAAAACAUCCAAUAUUUUAUUAUUUCGUUUUAUGAAAAUGAUACGUCACAUGAUGGAAAAGAAAAUGGAUUUUGAAUUAAUACAAACUUACUUAGCUGUAUUUUUAAAAUGGCACGGAACAACAAUAACAGAAGAUGAAUCAUUAAGAAAUUACUUAGAUAUAUUACAAGAAAUACAGUCAAAAACUUGGUUUUUAUUAAGAGAUAAAUUGUUUUAUAAUCUAAGUGUAGUACAAGCUUUGAAGAAAAUGUAAUAUAUAUUAUUGUAAUUAAAAUAGUGUAUUGUUUCACAUAAUUUAUAUUUUUUUAAUAUAAUUACAAAAUAUUUUUCGGAAGUGUAUUGAAAUAAUUACAGAUUUGAAAAAUAAUCAAUUUAUUGUAACAUCUUACAAACUUAAUUAUGUUAGCACAUUUAGAAUUUUAAAUAUAUAAUUAAUUUUUUAUAUAGUAAUCCACAAUUAAGUAAAAUUAAGUAA